AUGACAUAUAUUUAUAGUGGAAGAAUUUCUUUGGAAGAAUAUGAUACUUUAGAUAUAAUUAAAAUCUUGGUUGCUGGAAGUGAACUUGAUUUAUUAAAAUAUUUUAUUAAUCCUUAUAAUAAAUCAAUUAGGGAAUCAAAACCUCGUAAAGAAAUUAAUAUUAAUUCCAAAAUCAUUACACCUUUGUUACUUCGUGAUUCUCGAUAUGAUAUAAGUAGUUCCGAUAAUAAUACAAACAUUAAUAAAAGUGAAGUUCCCAAAGCUGACAAACCAUCAGAUUCAAUUAUUAACAAAAUUUGGUGUGAGGUAGCAGUACCAGUAUUAUGGAAAAUUCCUGGAAGAAUUCCUUUAACUAAAAAAGCAGGGAGUAUAAUAUUCAACGUUAUACUUUCACAUUUAUCAGAAGACUCAAGAGAUAUUUUGAAGAAACAAGGAAUCGACUAUCUUUUUACAGAAGCUUAUCGACCACCUUCAUUUAAUUACAUUAUCUUCUGGAGACAUUUAGAUUUACAACUUUUAGAGAAUAUGAUCAAAUUAAGAAAUGUCAAAGAAUCGAACAUUAAUAUUAUAAUAAAUGAAUUAUCAAAGUUAUUUAUUAACAAAAAUACUAAAUUUCUUUCACUUUUUAUUCCAUAUAGUUUUAAAUAUCAAUUACAUAGUAUUUCAUGGGCUGAACAAUGCUUUUCAAGUCUUAAAUCCCUUCAUUAUUUUGACAAUGAUGAUAUUUCUGGAAGUUUAACAUUAAUUGAAAAUCAAAAUAACUUGAACGAAAUUCAAAUUGAUUGUUGUGCUUUUGCACAAUCCAAUAUUAUUGAAAAAUCACUAAUUAAAAAAGCAGAUACUAUUCAACAUCUACAAACAAAUUGGGAUCCUGAAGAUGAAUUUCUUUCAUAUUUUGUAAAUUUAAGUAGUUUAAAAAUAGGUGAUCCUUACUGGUAUGGAUAUCCCAAUAAUAAAACAAAUUGGUGUCAUUUGGAAAAAGUAUCUUUACCUGGUUUAAAAGUUUUAAUAGCCAAUAUUGACUCACAUCAAAAUUUAGAUAGAAUGAUUAAAAUAAUAAAUGGUCAUCAUCUUCAUGAGAUCACUCUUUGCCAUAAUGGUCUAGUUAGUGAUGCCAAUUAUCAUAGAAGACUUAUUCGAGCAAUUUAUCAGAAUUGUCCAAAUCUUAGAUAUCUUAGUAUGCCAAUGAUGGAACUAAAUUUUCCUGAAUUUGAAAGGUUAUUAAUUAAUUGUCAAAAAUUAAAUGGAUUGAUUUUUAAAAAUGAAAUAUUUUUUAAAUAUAAGAGUUUGUUUGAAAUAUUAAUUAAAUCAUCGCCAAUAAGUUUAUAUAAAUUUAAAAUUUAUUUUAAUCGGAAAUUUGGACCUAAAUUUAAAUUAUUAAAAUCAUUUUUUAAUAACUGGAAAGAUAGGCAUCCUAUGAUGUUACAAAUCAAUCGGGUGAAUUUUGAUGAUAAUCGAGAGGUAGAGAAAUUAGAAGAGCUAGUUAAAAAAUAUGAAGUAUAAGGAAUAGUUCAAAGAUGUGACUUUGAUUGUUUUUGUGAUUAUGAAGAAUUUGAUUGGAUUCGGAAAAAACCAGAUGUUUAUUAG